UGUAUUUGUGGCCUUGGACAUGAAGUAAUCAGUCCUCUGUUGCUGUUAACAUAGGAUCAGGGAUUAAUGAGGGAAGCAUGGACCUAAUGAACGGGCAGGCAAGCAGUGUUAAUAUUGCAGCUCCUGCUUCUGAGAAAAGUAGCAGCUCUGAAUCAUUAAGUGACAAAGGUUCUGAAUUGAAGAAAAGCUUUGAUGCUGUGGUAUUUGAUAUUCUUAAGGUUACACCAGAAGAAUAUGCAGGUCAGAUAACACUAAUGGAUGUUCCAGUAUUUAAAGCUAUUCAACCAGAUGAGCUUUCAAGUUGUGGAUGGAAUAAAAAAGAAAAAUAUAGUUCUGCACCAAAUGCAGUUGCCUUCACAAGAAGAUUUAAUCAUGUAAGCUUUUGGGUUGUUAGAGAGAUUCUUCAUGCCCAAACAUUAAAAAUUAGAGCAGAAGUUUUAAGCCACUAUAUUAAAACUGCUAAGAAACUGUAUGAGCUGAAUAACCUUCAUGCACUUAUGGCAGUGGUUUCUGGCUUACAGAGUGCCCCAAUUUUCAGGUUGACUAAAACAUGGGCGUUAUUAAGUCGAAAAGACAAAACUACAUUUGAAAAAUUAGAAUAUGUAAUGAGUAAAGAAGAUAACUACAAAAGACUCAGAGACUAUAUAAGUAGCUUAAAGAUGACACCUUGCAUUCCCUAUUUAGGUAUCUAUUUGUCAGAUUUGACAUACAUUGAUUCAGCAUACCCAUCAACUGGCAGCAUUCUAGAAAAUGAGCAAAGAUCAAAUUUAAUGAAUAACAUUCUUCGAAUAAUUUCCGAUUUACAGCAGUCCUGUGAGUAUGAUAUUCCCAUGUUGCCUCAUGUCCAAAAGUACCUGAACUCUGUUCAGUAUAUAGAAGAACUACAAAAGUUUGUGGAAGACGAUAAUUACAAGCUUUCAUUAAAGAUAGAACCAGGGACAAGCACACCACGAUCUGCUGCUUCCAGGGAAGAUUUAGUAGGUCCUGAAGUAUCAGCAUCACCACAAAGUGGAAGAAAAAGUGUGGCAGCUGAAAGAGCCUUGCUCCCGCAGACACCCCCAUCCCCUCGGAACCUGAUUCCACACGGACAUAGGAAGUGCCAUAGCUUGGGUUAUAAUUUCAUUCAUAAAAUGAACACAGCAGAAUUUAAGAGUGCAACGUUCCCAAAUGCAGGGCCAAGACAUCUAUUAGAUGAUAGCGUCAUGGAGCCCCAUGCACCAUCUCGAGGCCAAGCUGAAAGUUCUACACUUUCUAGUGGAAUAUCAAUAGGUAGCAGUGAUGGUUCUGAACUAAGUGAAGAGACCUCAUGGCCUGCUUUUGAAAGGAACAGAUUAUACCAUUCUCUCGGCCCGGUGACAAGAGUGGCACGAAAUGGCUAUCGAAGCCACAUGAAGGCCAGCAGUUCUGCAGAAUCAGAAGAUUUGGCAGUACAUUUAUAUCCAGGAGCUGUUACUAUUCAAGGUGUUCUCAGGAGAAAAACUUUGUUAAAAGAAGGCAAAAAGCCUACAGUAGCAGCUUGGACAAAAUAUUGGGCAGCUUUGUGUGGGACACAGCUUUUUUACUAUGCUGCCAAAUCUCUAAAGGCUACAGAAAGAAAACAUUUUAAAUCAACAUCAAAUAAGAACGUAUCUGUGGUAGGAUGGAUGGUGAUGAUGGCUGAUGACCCAGAACAUCCAGAUCUCUUCCUGCUGACAGACUCUGAGAAAGGAAAUUCAUACAAGUUUCAAGCUGGCAAUAGAAUGAAUGCAAUGCUGUGGUUUAAGCAUUUGAGUGCAGCCUGCCAAAGUAACAAACAACAGGUCCCUACAAACUUGAUGACUUUUGAGUAAAAGCCUGAGAGAAGAGAGGUGACCUGUUGGUCCUGUGAGAGAGUGGGGACCUGAUGAAAGCGCGCCAGCUACAAACCAUCCUGUGCCAGGAAGAGCCCAGAGGCUCCAUCUCAGGCUUUGGAGUUCUGAACCAAAAAAGCACUAAUUUCUGGGAGUUAAGUGAGAUAUUGCCAGAGAACAAAUUGGAGUUGUAAAACAAACUGCCAUGAACCAUGCUUAUCUCUGAACUGACCUGUGGAAACCACUGCCUUAAAAGAAUGAAAGGAAAACCAACAUGAAACACCAAAUAGUGUGUGUGAAUCUUCUGGCGGUGCUUUGCUUGGAAUAGAUCGUAGCUAAUUUGCAUUUCUUUUAACUUUGUACUAAUUUUGGAGGGGGGAAUUGCCUUUUUUAGGUACACUCUAAAAAGGAAAAACUUAUUUCUUAUGGAAUACAUCAGGAGCUGGUUUUGAAUUAAUGCGAAAAGAUGUUUUCAUGUGGUAGAGAUAUACCAGCAGCCAACCUGCAAGGUCUGUUCAGCCUCCGUAGUCUGCAGCCCCAUUCAUUUUCCCUCAGCAAGAGUGUAGGAAUUAGAAAUGUUAAUAAUGUGAGUUGUUGGGGUUUGUUUAGGAUUGGGUGGGGGGUGGAAGUGUUUGUUUCGGACAAAAAGUUUUUUUUUUUUUUUAACACUAAACUUCUGAAAUUUCAUACUGUGUGGGGAACAUUAUUUCCUGCAGAAGGUACAAAGGCUGAAUGUUCAUAUCCCAGACACUUUUUUAAAAGUAGGCUGCAGAAGACAUAUUGUUUCUAACUGGGGUUAAAGCUUAGCUUUCUAUAUGAAUUCAUUGUUGGACCACAGAUCUGCGUCAUAGAGAACUAUAACCCGAAACUAAACAUUUCUGAGAAGAUUUCACAAUAAUUAGAUUCUUUUUCAAGUUAAUUGGAUUAUCUCUUCUUUCCAUCACAGGUGGUUUUUAUCAUCAAGGUGAUAUAUUGCAUUGGUAUUUUGUCAGGAUAUUUUCUUUUACAGUGUUUAAUGUGCAUAAUGCCAGUUAUUUUUUUAUUAUCCAUCUUUGUUAUUUUUAUUCAAUAUGAGAUUCAGAAUCAUAUUUGUUUA